UUUACAACGGAAGUGGAAUGAGUGACCAAUGCGCAUGCGUACAACUGUCAUGGAGGAUAACGUCAAGCGGUUUGUUUGAAAAAAGGGCAAAAUACCUCUCAGCUGGAGAAUUUAAGAUGAGAAUCUUGCGGAAACUUGCUUUUAUGAUCAAUGACGGUAAACGUGUGUUUAAUUAAGCCGACUUCUCCUCGCAAGGCUGCUGCUGGAGGGAAGUGAGCAGCUUGAACAGACUAAAAUGAUCAUCAUACAAAUUGGAAUUGGACAAGUUGAAACCCGACAGGCUAGGUAGCGGUUUCACACCACACGGCUAGGGUGACGCCGGUCUGUAAAUUUUGUCCACAGAACUAAAAAUGUUUUCUGAUAAAAUGGAGGAUGAUUCAACGUCUGUAGGACAUUGCGUUUUCAGAGGGGUGGAGUACGUAGUAACGAUGCAGGUGCAGAAUGGCAACUCCCUUAUGAUCGAGGUUGAAGACCGGGUAACUGCCGAUCAGUGGAGAGCUACGCUAGAUUCCACAUAUGUUGAGGACUUAACACACAAGACUGGGAAUUUUAAACAGUUCAACAUAUUUGUGAAUAUGCUUGAAUCAGCUUUGUCACAGACAAGUGAAUGCGUGUCACUAGACCUCAUGACUUAUGGUGACCUAGAAUCCCUGCGGCAGAGAAAAUCAGGUGUAAAGAGUUCUGUUCCGGCUGCCAGAACUACGCUUAACUCAAAGAGAUAUCUCAUCCUAACUUACACAGUGGAGUUUGACAGGAUUCAUUACCCACUGCCAUUACCAUAUGUUGGUAAGCCUGACCCUAGGGCACUUCAGGAGACCAUCCGUCAGCUGAGGAAAGACAUAAAAAAUCUCAAACAACAGGGUGCUUCUGAUUUCAAACACAAGGAGUUUGAAAAACUUCAAAGAGAGAACAAAGCAUUAUGCAGGGAAAAAGAGGAACUAGAAGAGGCUUUUCUGCAAUAUAGGAGAGAGCUAAAGCAGACCACAGAAGGGCAGGCAAUCAAGGAAAUUAGGAUAUUAAAAUCUGUGGUUAAAAAUCUAGAGGAAGAGCUCUUGAGAGAGAAAACCAAACAUCAGAAGUCAGCAAGUAAAAGAGGAAAGGAGUACAGAGAUCUUUUGGAGGAGGUAGAAGAGUUACGGGCAUCAGAAAGAAAUCUUCGUGUCAGGGUCAAAAGUCUGACCAACGAAUUAGCUAUUCAUAGGAGACCAGUAAGAACAGGGCGACCAGCAUCUCGUGAGGGAUCCUUUGACAGGGGUUCUUCUAGGGAAAGGUCAUUAUCCUACGCCAAGGAGAAGUCGUUAUCCUGUGACCUCCUGAACUCCAGAGGAAGACCUAGAUCCAGAGGUCGCCCUAGCUCAGCACCAAACGGCAGUAACUACUCGCGCACAUCAGAGCCCCGCAGUUUUACAUCUGUCCGAUCAGCCAGGAGCAGGUCACCAUCACCAAACUUAGGAAACCCUAGAUUUGAUCCCACAGCAUACGUGAAAGAAAAACAAAGAAGGAAGAAUGAAGCUGAAAAAAGGCGACAAAGAAGAUCAAGACCUGGUGCCAGUAGCAGUGCAGACAAAAGGAGAACAUCCUCUAGUCCGUUCAGUAGCAGUAGGUAUUCAGCAAACAAUAACAGUAAUGGGAGACGAUCCAGGAACUCCUCAGGUGGCAGUCAGGGUUAUUUGAGUGACGGAGGAAUGUCAGACUCUUCCUACUCUAAACUAAGGAUUGGCCAGCGUAGGACUAGUAGAGAAGCCCUGAGGCCUAACCACUCCCAGAACUCCUCAUACAUGUCCAGUGGUAGAGCAUUGAGAACAAACAGAAGCUCAUCAAGAGACAGACAGCAGAAACAACACAUAUUAUCCAGUACGCCAGAGUCCGCUGACAGAAGAAGACCUGUCAGACGUAAUAAGGAGAAUCAAUUAGAAAGUGGUCAGUGCAAGAGUGAUCAAGAAUAUUAUGAUCAGUCUGCAGAAAUGUCAGAAAUUGAUGCUCGUCUGAACAGACUUCAACAGCUGAUGAAAACUACUCUUCAGUAAUCUCCUCUUGUUGCAUAGAAUGACUUGUCCUUGUACAUAGCACUACCUCAGUAGAUGUGUAUCAUUAUGUGUCUAUAUGCCUGGGCUCUUCCACAUCUGUGCUGCAUCUUUGUGCACCCACAUAUAUUGGUACUACCGAGACAUGGAUACCUUGUGAUAAGCUGAUAUAAACCCAAGCUGUGAGAAUCAGCAUCUGUAGAAGCGCAAGAGAAGAAUAUAUCUCAAGUAAAUGGAUUGUUAUAGACAUGUGUUUAGGGUGGGAAACAUGACAAGGUUUCGUGCUAGCUGAUACCAAUAUUAAUAUUUAUUUAUUACCAAUAUUGCCAUGCAGCAUGUGUAAAGAUAUUCCUAGCCUAAAGUCUGUGUAAAUUUACUUACAUGAUAAUGUAACAGUUAUUUUUCUUGUGUAACAUAAAUUUUUAACUCCCAAUAUUUAUUUUCUUGACUUCUUUGUCACUACUGAAUUAUAGUUAGGGGUUGUUCCUGUCUGUAUGAAUUUUACAUGGGUAAUCCCAUACCAUACUAUUGCUCCAUCUUUGGUUCAGCUAUUUAUCCAAUGAAAUUGGAAACAAUGAAAUAAUAUUGUUGUACCCCGAGAGAGGAAACCUACACAGUUAAGUACAUGUAUACAAAUUCCACCUUACGCCACUCCCAGAGAGCAAACAUACACAGCUGAAGAGACAAAUUCCAUCUUACAGCGCUCCGAGAGAGCAAACCUACACAGUUAAUUAUACGUAUUCCACCUUACGCCACGCCCUGAAAGCAAACCUACACAGCUAAAUAGUCAAAUUACAUAUUACGGCUCUACGAGAAAGCAGUGGGUUUCCCGCCAGGCUCUGCUGGGUUUUCUGCCACCAUUAUGCCGGUCGCCGUCGUAUAAGUGAAAUACUCAUGAGUGCGGCGUGGAACAGUUAGUUGGCUCCUGCUUUGCCAAAAAUCUUUCAAAAUGCAUACUAGUACCGUAAUUACCCGAGGUUGCCACAGUGGCGGCUGGACCAAGUUUGGCUUCCCUAAUUUAAUGACAGCAACAAGUGGGAAGCUCAUUAACAGUUGGGACCCACUUCUAACACCUAUAGCCCGUGAUGCUUUACAUCUUUUACAAUCAGGUGAGACACAGAGCGCAUCGGCUUGCUUUGUUGUUGUUUGGAAUCUGCCUAAUUAGGAGUUCAUUACAGUUCAUUGUUAUUGUUCCUGAUGCCAUAAAACAAGCUUUUCUCCUGGUCCUUGUAUCAUUCGAAGGAAUACACCGUAAAGCACACGUUUGGUUCUAUAUCGCAUUGCUUUAACGUGAAUUCUUCAUGUUUAAACAACAGUAUAGUUGAUUAUCUUCACGAUUUGCUUUUGGAUAAAAAGAACCUGGAUUGUUUGUUACCAACUAGUGUGGUAGAAUUUAUCAUUUUGUCCUAAACACACCUGGGCUUUUUAACCGCCAUGGAAUCAUUCAACAACACCACAGCGGGGAAUUUCUCACGAGACUAUCCGGCAAGAAAACCGCAGGUUGUAUUCCCGCUUCUGCUGCUGGCUCUUUUGGUGAC